AUGGGUGCUCACAAGUAUCUCGAGGAGUUGCAAAAGAAGAAGCAGUCGGAUGUCAUCCGCUUCUUGCUCCGCGUUCGAUGCUGGGAGCUCCGUCAACUCAACGUUGUCCACCGCGCAUCGCGCCCAUCCCGACCGGACAAGGCACGCCGCCUCGGAUACAAGGCCAAGCAGGGUUAUGUCAUCUACCGUGUGCGUGUGCGCCGUGGAGGUCGCAAGAAGCCUGUGGCCAAGGGUGCCACUUUUGGUAAACCCACCAACCAGGGUGUGAACUCUCUCAAAUACCAACGUUCUCUCGCCUCCACCGCCGAGGAGCGUGUUGGUCGCCGCUGCGCCAACUUGCGAGUCCUCAACAGCUACUGGAUCAACCAGGACAGCACUUACAAAUACUACGAGGUAAUCCUUGUCGACCCUCAGCACAAGGCUAUCCGAAAGGACCCGCGCAUCAACUGGAUCGUCAACCCCGUUCACAAGCACCGCGAGUCUCGCGGCCUCACUUCGACUGGCAAGAAGAGCAGAGGUUUGAACAAGGGUCACCGCUACAACAACACCACUGCUGGUCGUCGUCACACCUGGAAGCGCAACAACACUUUGUCGCUCUGGCGAUACCGGUAGAUGCUCUGCAUCUUGUGGGCAGAAAUCUCAUGGUUGUUACACUUCGGAUUUGUCGCGCAGUCGCGCAGGAGUUGUGGCUGGGUUGUUUCUGCGAGCGCUCUUGCAUGGUUACAUAGGGACAAAAGAUCGAACCACCGUAGAUCAAGUCCAUUUUUCUGGCAGAUCGGUUAUCCGAGAAAUGAAACCAAUGAAUGUCAAAAACGU